CCUUGAAACUUGACUGACUAUUGUACCAAAAGUUCAGCAAAGUAUGUUGCCAGAUGCGGAAAUAACAUGUUCAUUGUAUGGAAAUACAGCGCUGCGAAUUUGAACAAAUCCAUUCAGAGGAGUUUCAAUUCAAAGUAAUUCUAAGCAGUAAUGAACGUUAUAUCGAGUAAGUUAUCGUGUUCCAGCAUUUGACAUGUUCAACAAAAUAAUAACCAGCUGACAAUAUUGGGACCCCACUCGUCACAUGAGUCUAUACAUUCAAGAACGUUUUGCAGUACAUGAAGAUGUCAGGACUACUACUGUUCAUCGUUGGAAUACUGUUUAAAGAGUCAUGUGGCCAAGGGACAGUGACAGUUUCUCCGGACGUGACCGCUGACAAUGGCAGUCCAACAACACUUUCCUGCACAUACACCGUGGACAAUAAUUACUUACUCUAUAACCUAGAUUGGACAAGAGGGGAAAGUGUGAGGGACGGUUUCAGAAUUGCUGAUUUUGUAAAAGAUGUCGAUCAGCCAAUCUACUACAGUAACUUCAGCUCAUCGGAGUACACAGCCUCUAGAGAUAAAAUUAAUCGAAUAGCCUCAUUGGCUAUUGCUUCUGUAAGAUUCCAGGAUGACUCUGAACUGUUCUGGUGUAGGAUUCAAGUGUAUACUUCCUCGGGUUCAGUGACACAAAUCAGUGAUUCAAUUGAAGUGAUUGUGACAGUGUCAAGUGGUCAAGUGAUGAUAACAGUAUCUCCAACUUUGAAUGUAGACAGCGGAAGCUCAGCCACACUUUCCUGCAGUUACACCACAGAUGCCAGCUAUGGUUAUCGAUUAUAUUUCGUUUCUUGGUCAAUGGGAGAAACACUUCGUGAUGUUUAUAAGAUAGCUCAGUUCCAGGAAGAAGGUGAUAGUCCAGUAUAUUACAACAACUACAGCCCACCAGAUUACAUAGCAGCAAGAGAUGUAGCGAAUGGGGUAUCCACUUUAGUUAUUGCAUCUGUUGAUUUUUACAAUGACACGGGAUUAUUCUGGUGUCGACUUGUUCUGGCUGAUGGGUACUCAGAAAGUGAACCGAUUGAAGUGAACGUGAUAGUUCCCCCAGGGAGCAUCACAAUAUCUGAUCAUGAGACUGGAACCUAUCCUGGUGGUGGUACAUCAUACCUUGUAGAAGGAGAGUCACGUCAGUACAGAUGUGUGGUACCAGACAUUAAUCCAGGAGCUACCUUUACUUGGACUGUUGGAGGUCGGAGUCUUACAGCAGACAGCAACAAUGACGUCAUUGGUAGUAAUGGAUUAACAACCAGCACAAGUAACACCUCAAUAACAGCUGAAGCAAGAAACGAUGGAGAGAUGUUACAAUGCCAAGCAUCAAACAAGAAUGGACAUGAUGGAGUUUCUACCACUGUAGUGCUGGAUGUCAAAGUGCCCCCGAAGGCUUCAUCGAUGUCGCUUUUCGAUUCCAGCGGACCUCUUGGAAAUCAAGUAGACGUCAUUGAACAAACUGCACACACUUUCACCUGCAGGGUUGAGGGUACCAAACCAGCUGCAACCAUCAAGUGGUAUCUUGAUGACGUAGAGCAAACAGCCGCCACAACAACCCCUGGAGUAGGCACUGGACUGGUGGACACAGAAAGUCACUGGACAUUCACUCCACAGAGGGUCAACCAUAGAAACACCGUCAAGUGUGAGGCAAACACUGUGGAGUCAGUGGGUCAAUUCCCGUUAAUAUCUACUACAUUGAUUGUUAUUGUGUUGGAGCUAUGA